GAGUCUGCGGAUGUAGAUCUUCACACAACAAGCUGUAGGCGCAGAAAUGCUUAUUGCAGGGAUCGAUUGUCUCGUCAGAUCAUUGAGCUAUGAUGGUACGAGGGAGAGGGUUGAGCGAUAAGAAGAAUUUCAAGAAAAAUCAAGCGCAUAGCUAACAAGAAGAAUCAAAGAGAUGGAUAAUUCUCGAGAGACAUCAGGAAAAUUCGUUGAUCCCUUGGUAGAAUUGCCACUUGAUGUCAUCUCCAACAUCCUCAAACGUGUGUUAACUAAGGAUCUGAAGGAGUAUCGUUUGGUGAGCAAAAGUUGGAAACAUAUGAUUAGCAUUUCCUUAGGAUAUCUUCUUCAUGCUAGCGAGGAAGCUGUUCUUCUUCACCACCACAGUUUGCUGAACAUCCCCAUCGCCAAACGAAGGGAAAGAAGUUUUCUGAGCAUCUUCAAUCCCAAGAAAAAUGUGUGGGAAAAGAGAUGGCUUCCUUGGAUGUGGUCAGCAUAUCGAAUUGUGGCGGCGGAUAGAGGAUUGGUAUUCUUUCUCACGAACGACCACAACCAUCAGUUAGCUGUCUAUAAUCUUGUCACACAAACAUACAGGGAGAUGAUUCUACCUCACGAAUUCCGACCUCCGCACGAGAGGCUACUGAUGGACGACAGGAAUUUAUUAACAGCCAUAUUUGUGGACAAGACGACAGGUGUCUACAAACUUCUGCUCGCAGGCCUGCUUUCUGGAGUGACGCUGCUGUACGAUUCUGCUUGCUGCAGGUGGAGAGUGUCUGCACCCAUCCCUUCUUCGUCGAGAGAUAAUAUCGCAUCCUUUCAAAUAGUUGGAGACAACAAGAGCAUAGUUCUCAAUGAGUGUUUGUAUUGGGGAUUCCUUUGUCUGAGACGCUGGAAGUUCUUCAAGAUGGUACUGAAGUUCGACAUCAAACAUGAGAGGUGGUGUAGAGCAGAAUUGCCCGCGCCUCCUCUGUGGCAAUUCCAGAUAGCAGUCUGCAGUAACAAGAUUAUGACAAUGAAUCUCCAGCACGACUACAACUGGCCUCUUCCUUAUCCGGCUUGGUUACAAGAUGCGCGGAUCAAAAACAUUGGUCCUGAGUUCAAGGUGCCACCUAUGACACAGAAGAUGCUGGAUCCUAUCAAGAAAGAGCAGAGGAACAAUGGCAGAAACUAUUGCGGGGAAUAUUAUGGAAUCGGAUGUGGAGAGAAGUUUUUUCAUGUCAUGAGAGGCAGUCGACAGGGAAUUCGAAUUGCAGUUCAAAACACCACAACUUUUAGGCACACUUUGCUUCGCUUAUGGCGAGAUUCUUCGAAUGGAAAAGCGAACUGCAAAGAUUUUUGGGCCAUACUUCCAUCCUUUCAAGCACAACCGUGAUUAAAGCUUCAUCAUGAAUCCCACAGUAUUAUUGUUGAUUAAUACUCACGUCUGGAUUUAGCUUAACAUGAUCUCUAAUAUGUUCAUUCUUCAGUUCGCUGCCUGUAAACACCUUAGCUCCCUUAGAUCAGGUUAUGGAAUCAUCACUCCUAUCUUGGAUCAUACAUUUAGUUCUAUUUAGCAAUGUAAUUAUUUUAAUGUUUAUUCUUCCAAUAUAUCAAGC